UUAUUGUUAUGUCCAUCGGCGAGAUUAAUGUGCACUGAGUGAAGUUUUUUAUGUUUCAACUCAAUGCACUACGCCAGUUGUAUGCACUUAGUGCAUUGAUAAUCGCACGUGCUCCUGRAGUUCGUACCCAUUAAAUAUUUUUUCGUCUUUAUAUAAUAUAUACCAGUGAUGAGUAUAAUAGUUUAUAAUGUUWAUAUUUUAAAUAGAUUUUAUGUUUCAUCUUCACUUGCACAGUUGCACCAGCCCGCACUAGUACGAUUAUCAGUGAACUUUACUGUACCAGAGCCAUUGGUCAUUCAUGGUGCAAUCAUAGAAUAUUCUAUGGUGAAAUAGUGCAGUAAAACGUUAUUAAUCUAUUCUGUGAUAGUAUGAAUGUGUGAUUAUGAAACUGUGAUAGUACUUUAUGGUCUUAAUAAAUUAUAAAAUUUAUAAUACAUCAUAGAAUUUAAAACAAUCAAUUUUCAAAGAUAUUCCACAAUCUUGUUGCAAUUUAUCUUGACUCAUUAAUUUCUAUAAUAGCACAGAAAAUACUUUAAUUUAUAAUAACCGUCAACAGACAUUUAACAUUAUAAUGGAAAACACAAAUGCAAAUGUGACUGACAUUAACAUGGAUUUUGACGCUUCUCAACUGGCCAGUGUCAAAGAAAUAUUUAAGUCAUAUAAUAAAUUAACAGAGUUAUGUUUUAUGGAUUGUGCAACAGAUUUUACAGUAGGUGAUCUUAAAAGUGAAGAAGUAAGGUGCGCUGAAAACUGUACAAGCAAAUUUCUUAAAGCUUCUGAAAGAAUGACACAACGAUUUCAGGAGUAUCAAUUGAUUAUGAAUGAACAUGUGAUUACUGCUCAACAAAAUGCCAACGCAUAAAAUAUUACCAUUAAUAUAGUGCAUAAAGACUUUUUUUUAAACACUUAAGUUGUAGAAUUAUAAAUAUACUUUAAAUGUAAUGUUAA